UGUGAUCUGGUGAGCGAAGGCUUACACAGUAACACGACACAGAUGAAUGAGUUCUGUGCUGAGAAAGGUUUCGCCGGCUGGUUCGAAACCUCGACCAAGGAGAAUAUUGGAAUUAACGAAGCUGCUACAUUCUUAGUUAACAAGGUACGUUUUUGUUACAGAGCUGCCAAGUUCCUGGUGAUUGAAUCUACACAUGCAAAAAUCUCACAUCUUGUAGCAAGUCUGCCAACAAAGCCAUCAACAAGUUGUGUUCGCACUGCUUGUCCCAAGUUGUCAACAAGUUUGGAACAAGUUGUAAACAACUUGUAACAACCUUGUUGAUAUUAUCGGACUUGUUGCAAGUUGUUCCAACAAGUCCGACACAUGUUAUAACAAUAUUGAUUAUUGUAUAACUAGGCAUGCGAGUUAUUAAAAGCCAAUUUUGUCUAUCGCAUCCCCCAAUACAUUCGAUUGAACUCCUGGCAAAAUCCCACCCGGUAGUACUAUUGGUAUUUAUUUUGGUGUUUUUUCUUUAUAGAUUUUGGAAACAGAACAAUCUGUAUCCAGUAGUGCAGACGACCAAAAGUCUCCUGAUGAGGAUACGUCUUGUUGCGCUUUUCCAAAAGCAAAGUUACUCAAUAUUGAUGUAGACAAAUAACAAAAAUUUUAUGAGGAAUGCCGUAUUUCCUCUUUUUACCCCGCACCUCAUUCCAUCCACACCUCACCCCACCAUCACGCUCACCCCCUAUAAUAAGCCCCCAUCUAAGCAGAGGAAAUACGGUAACAUAUAUGAAAUACGAUUGGGGGGGUUAAAGCAUUUUGAAUUUAAAAUUGAUCAUUGGUAUUUUUAGAAGUAAAUAUAUAAUAUACAACAAGGUCGAAAUUUACUCUAUUCCGUAUAUAGUAAAAUGUCUGACUGAACAACUUAAACUUCCUUAUCUUGGCAUUCUGUUUGUAUCAGUAUAGUAGAAAGAAAUGUGAUUGGAAUCAGUCUGUAGUAUCAAUACGUUAUUCAUUUAUAAGUCAGUCUUGAUAAGGGUCUUGUAGAUGGUCUUGUAUAGAUCUUGUUCAAGGGUAUUGUUUAUAGACUUGCUCCAAGUCUCUCUUUCAUUGUCAUAUAGUAUCGAUCCACUAUAGUGUACAUUACAUGACGUAGUACCGAGAGGCGAAGCGAGAAAGAGAGACUUGUCAACUUCGGAAAAUCUCGGUUCAAAACUGAACCGAAAAUGCAAGACUUGCUUUAAUUGUUUUCUGUCAGUGUUUAUAUGUAUUGAUCUAGCACAGUGUAAAUAACAUGAGUUCCAUUAUAGUAAAUAAUACAGAAAGAAAUUGAAGGAAAACAAUUAAAGCAAGUCUUGCAUUUUCGGUUCAGUUUUGAACCGAGAUUUUCCGAAGUUGACAAGUCUCUCUUUCUCGCUCCGCCCCUCCGUGCUACGUCAUGUAAUGUACACUAUAGUGGAUCGAAAUGACAGUGAAAGAGAGACUUGGAGCAAAUGGAGCGAACCUGCCGCCCUAUACGAUUCCGGUGCAGCGCUCUAACCAACUGAGCUACAGAGGCCAGUUGUCGAGCUCUAACCACAAGUUUAUGUAUAUAUGUAGGGUACUGCCAUAUAUAGGUUAUGGGUAAAUAUCAACUGAAGAUUUUGUUGGCAUCUCACGAAAUGUUGUAAAAUACGGAAAAUACAGCCUUGCGAAGUUUGCAUAUUUUGUAUAUGUUUGUAUUACGUGCGGAAAUUGUUACCAUUUUUGAGCCGAAAAUCGGGUAACAAUUUCCGCACGUAAUACAAACAUAUACAAAAUUUGCAAACUUUGCAAGGCUAUAUUUUCCAAGCUUUAUAUCAUUUCGCAACCAAAUUUUGCAAUUUUACUAAUUUCAUUAUGUUCUUUU